AUGGCCGAGGAGGAAGAUACAAACCGCGUAACAUCGACCUGGCCUGACCCUCCACCAUUCUGGAAAGACUUCACCCCCGAGAACAUCUCCCGCUACGACACCCUUAAAUCAGACUACGCGACAGCACACUCCACCCCCGACCCAGAUUCCAUAACCCGCCUCCCCUCCAUCCCAGAAGACCUCAUCAAUCUCCAACCACCACCCGAACCAACAGACGGAAAAUGGAGGUUAUAUAGCGAAGCCCAAGCAGUCCGUAUUUCCUCCUCCCGGCUUCCCUUCCCUAUACUAACACUCCCAUCCCCCCAGCUAACCGACACCCUCCAAUCCCUCACCGAAGCGGGCGUAACACCCCUCCUCCCCGCCUCCAUCAACCCCUCCUCCCAAGACUCCAAACACCUCGACCGCUCCUUCGAACUCAAAAAGCUCGCAAAGUCCAUCCUCCUAAACUACCUCGAACUCGUCGGCGUAAUGUCCCACAACCCCGCCCACGGCGCCGCCAAGAUCCAGGACCUCAAGACCCUCAUCCUCAACUUCCACCACACCCUAAACGAAUACCGGCCCCAUCAGGCACGGGAGCAGCUCAUACAGAUCAUGCAGGACCAGCUCGACACCAAGAGGGCCGAGACCGCCGCCAUUAGGGGGGUGGUGGACAAGGCCAGGAGGAUGAUUGAGGGGUUGGGGAGUCUGGAGCUGCCGAGGCUGGACGACGAGGUGGUCACGACGGGCUCAAUAGGGGGCAGGGAGACGGAGGAGAGGAGGAGGGUGGCGGCCGAGAGGUGCACGGUUGGGAGUGUGGAGUUGGAGUUUGCCUAA